UUAUACCAGUUGCCACUAUCAGAAAGACGCUACACGUGCGUUUGUGCAUUUUGAAAAGAACUAAAUAACUAAAUAAAUUAAUACUUAAUAAUGUCACUUUUACGGAUCAGGAAACCGAAAACACGCAAAGGAAAGAAAGUGUUGUUGGCCCGUGAGCCGCAACUCAUUGAGUCGGCACGCACUAUGUUGUUCGUGGACGGACGUAAAUGUGGUGGUAACGUAAAGCUCUGCAUGAAGGAUCUGCAACAGCUGAAGAAGCCGCUAGUUAAAGUUCUAAACCGUAAGAACGAUAUAACACCAUUCGAUGAUCCAUCUUCCCUGGAAUUUUUAACUAUGAAAAAUGAUGCGGCGCUUUUCACGUUUGGAUCAACGUCAAAGAAGCGUCCAGAUAACAUAAUCAUUGGUCGUAUCUUCGAAAAUGAAGUACUUGAUAUGUUUGAGCUAGGCAUAAAGCGCUAUCAGUCGAUUUCAGAGUUUAAAAACGAAAAGAUUGGCGCCUGUGUGAAGCCCUGCCUGGUCUUCAACGGGCCGAAAUGGGCUCAGACCGAGGAGCUGCGUCGUUUGCGCAAUUUUUUCAUAGACAUGUUUCAGCGAGAAAAGGUUGAAUCCAUACGUCUACAGGGUAUAGAGCACGUACUUAGCUUCACAGUCACCGAUGAUAUGAGUAUCCUCAUGCGUUCAUAUAAAAUCUUGCUAAAGAAAUCCGGUCAAAAGACCCCGCGCAUUGAGCUGGAAGAAAUUGGACCAUCGGCUGAUUUUUCAAUUCGUCGUACGAAGAUUGCAUCUGACGAUCUAUAUAAGCUGUCCAGAAAACAGCCCAAGCAGCUGAGGGUUACUAAAAAGAAAAACGUCAGCACCGAUGCGUUGGGCAAUACAAAGGGACGCGUCCAUCUGGGCAAGCAACAGACGGGCUCAAUACAAACACGCCGCGUGAAAGCGCUGAAAAAGUCACCGGAGGAGAAACGCGCGGAUCGUCAGAAAAAGAAAGUAGCACUAAAAGCAGCCGCAGUUGAAGCAUUGUCAACAGCCGAUUGAUUUAUAAAAAAUGAUUUUAGAUUUUAAUUAGUUAUAAUUGCAAUAAAUUGGUCCAGCUUAAAA